AGACCACAGUUUACUUGUCUCGCGGCAACAUUGUCCGAAUCAGUUGCUUAUGAUAUUUCCUCUCUCUCUCUCUCACUCACUCGCUCACUCUCUCAUUUUUAACAAACAAAGCUUCUUCUAAAUUGUAAUCAGUUAGUUGUGUGUGUUCCCUUCACUCACUCGCCUGUGGCAAAGUUGUAAAAAUGGAGAGGAAGCAAGGGUUCUUUUCGGCCCUCAAAGACGAGGUGGUUCGGGGGCUGUCGCCGGCGAGGUCACGCGCCAAGAGUCCGGCGAGGAGUGCGUCGCCCAUGUCGUCGUUACUCCGGCGGCGGAGAAAGCAGCACGCGCCGCCGCCGGAGUUGUUCAUUGCGAGAUCGGGAAGCUUGAGGCCUACAGAAGCACUGUCGCCUUUGAAGGAAGGUCCCGACGGAACCGAUGAGCAAGAAUCUUCACGAGGAGAAGGAAGGUGGGGCCAAUGGAUGAAAGGACCACUCGCUAGGGCACCCUCUGUUUCAUCUUCUUCUUCAUCUUCUGCUUGCAAAAGGUCCGAUCUGAGGUUACUGCUUGGUGUGUUGGGUGCACCACUCGCUCCUGUUCACGUUUGCACCACCGACCCUUUUCCUCAUCUCAGUAUCAAAGACAUUCCCAUUGAAACUUCUUCUGCUCAGUAUAUAUUGCAGCAGUACAUUGCUGCUUCGGGAGGGCAAAAGCUUCAAAGUUCCAUUAACAAUGCUUAUGCUAUGGGAAAGGUGAGGAUGAUUGCCUCUGAGUUUGAGACAGCUAACAAGGUUACUCGCAGUCGGAAUUCCUCGAAAGCAGCGGAGUCAGGUGGGUUUGUGUUGUGGCAAAUGAAUCCGGACAUGUGGUAUGUGGAGCUUGCUCUUGGUGGUAGCAAGGUUCAUGCUGGUUGCAAUGGGAGGCUAGUGUGGCGGCACACGCCCUGGCUCGGUGCACAUGCUGCGAAAGGGCCAGUUAGACCUCUGCGACGCGCCCUUCAGGGUCUUGAUCCAAGAACAACUGCUAGUAUGUUUAUCAACGCAAGAUGCAUUGGAGAGAAGAAGAUAAAUGAAGAAGACUGUUUCAUUCUCAAGCUUUGUGCAGAUCCCUCUACGUUAAAAGCCAGGAGUGAAGGCCCAGCGGAGAUCAUAAGGCAUGUUUUGUUUGGGUACUUUAGCCAGAAAACAGGACUUCUUGUUCACUUGGAAGACUCCCAUUUGACCCGCAUUCAGAACAAUGGUGGUGAUGCAGUGUAUUGGGAGACCACGAUAAAUUCAUUUCUUGAUGACUACAGGCCUGUUGAGGGGAUAAUGAUUGCUCACUCGGGUCGUUCUGUAGUGACACUUUUCAGGUUUGGGGAAACGGCAAUGAGCCACACUAAAACCAGGAUGGAAGAAGCAUGGACAAUUGAGGAGGUGGCAUUCAAUGUCCCUGGCCUUUCCAUGGAUUGUUUCAUUCCUCCAUCUGAGCUAAGGUUUGCUUCUAUGAGUGAAGCCUGUGAGCUUCCUCAAGGUCAGAGGGUGAAGACUGCUGUGGCAGCAGCUGCAUACCAUGCCAAAUUUGCCCAAUUACAGAAAUCACAUGAAAGCAAUACGAAUAACAUUAACUGGACAGUGGAUGUUUAGCUAAGAGGAAGUUUCUGGAUCAGCCUAGGUGUCUAGUUUUUAUACUUUUUGUGGACUGUCUGACAAAUUACUGCAGGUAAAUGGUAAGAUUGCAGCAGGGUUGUCAAGAGUUUUCUGCUGUGGGUCACUGCCUCAUAAAUUUGUAAAUAGAAAUGAUCAGUCAAGGAUCCCAAAAAGUGAAUUUCUGUACUCUGGGUUUUUGGUGGAUGAUUAUGUGCAUCAAGGUUUGUUUUUUCCACUUUCUUUCCAUAAGUGUGAAAUGGGGAAUCUGCUGAUCGCUUUAUAAGCUAUAAUUCGUGUAGAGUUUUUUUUUUCCUGUGAAAGCAUUGGACCAUGAUGCUUGGAGAUCACAGUUAUAACCUAGACUUCAUCACUGAAAAGUUUUGGCUCUGAUAUUGCUGGUGGUAUCCUUUAGGAAAUUUCUUCCAUCUUUGAAGGAAAACUAUAUAGGAUUGAAGAGCUUUUCAAUGUGUUUAAUGUAUGAAUUGUAAACCAAGUAGCCAGCGUAAGUAGAAGCUAAAUUAUUCCUAGAUCUAUGACUUCUAUGCUUUUAAGGACAUAUAUAUAUUGACAAUUUGGCACAAGCUUGUAACAAUAUAUUGCUGUAACUGUUAGAAAUAUUCUAAGGUUUUCUACAUUAUUCGUUCUGUUUCUUUUUAUUUGGAAAAGAAAACUAUAUCUUCAUGGC